UUCUCCAUCUUCUUCUUCUUCUUGUACCAUUAUGAUAUCUUUCUUUUUUCUGUGGCCGGUUCUAGAGAGAUAGAGCUGAAACUAAUGUGAAAAGCCUCUUCUUGAAUUCCACCAUCCGUCUCCUCUCUCUCUGUUCAUACUCUUCUUUACGCGUUACCCAAAAAGGUACAAAAUCCCAAAAAAUCUCUCAAAAUCCAAAAUAUAUUAACCGAAAAAAAAAACAAAACAAAGAAGCACCAAUAAUUAAAAACACAACUCAGAGAGGAAGAUGAACCGAUCCAUCUCCUUCCUCUCCCUCAUCUUCCUCCUCUACCUCGCGGCGGUUACUUCCGAUCUCGACUCCGACCGUCGAGCCUUACUCACCCUCCGCAGCAGCGUCCGCGGCCGUACGCUCCUAUGGAACACGACCGCCUCCUCUCCUUGCAGCUGGCACGGAGUCAACUGCGUCGCGGGUCGGGUCACUUCCCUCCGGUUACCCGGAACCGGCAUAUUCGGAUCCUUACCACUCGGAUCAAUCGGGAACUUGACUCAGCUCCAGACUCUCUCCCUCCGGUUCAACUCCCUCUCCGGUCCGAUCCCGUCCGACUUCUCCAACCUCGUCCUCCUCCGUUACUUGUAUCUCCAAGGCAACGCCUUCUCCGGCGAGAUUCCGUCGUUUUUAUUUACUCUUCCGAAUUUAAUCAGAAUCAAUUUAGGGGAGAAUAGGUUCUCGGGGAGGAUCCCGGGUAAUGUGAACUCCGCGCCCCGGUUGGUUACGCUCUACUUGGAGAGGAACCAGCUCACGGGUUCGAUUCCCGAGAUCAGCAUCACUCUCCAGCAGUUUAAUGUUUCUUCCAAUCAGUUAAACGGUUCGAUUCCGGAUUCGCUGUCGGGCUUUCCCGUAACCGUUUUCGAAGGGAACAGUCUCUGUGGGAAGCCGUUACAGUCUUGCGCCGUUUCUCCGCCGUCUAAAGACAGUGACGGGUUAUCAACGGGAGCUAUCGUCGGAAUUGUGAUCGGGUGCGUUGUCGGUUUGUUACUGCUUCUCUUGGUUCUGUUCUGUCUCUGUAGGAAGAGAAAGACGGAGGAGAAUGCUCCGCCGAGAAACGUCGAAGCAGCUCCCGUCGCCGCCGCUACGACUUCCUCAGCCGCCGCGGCUAUACCUAAGGAAACGGCGGCGGCGGCGGCGGAGAGCGGUGUGGUGAGUAAAGACUUGAUCUUUUUCGUGAAGUCUUUCGGGGAAUUCGAUUUGGACGGGUUGUUGAAGGCUUCGGCUGAGGUUCUUGGGAAAGGAUCUGUUGGGUCUUCGUAUAAGGCGAGCUUUGAUCAUGGCUUGGUGGUGGCUGUGAAGCGGUUGAGAGACGUUGUGGUGCCUGAGAAAGAUUUUAGAGAGAGGAUGCAGGUUUUGGGAUCGAUGAGUCAUCCUAAUCUGGUGACUUUGAUCGCUUACUACUUUAGUCGCGACGAGAAGCUUCUUGUCUUUGAGUACAUGUCUAGAGGAAGCUUGUCUGCUCUCUUGCACGGGAACAAAGGAAACGGGAGGACUCCGUUGAACUGGGAGACCAGAGCUGGUAUAGCAUUGGGAGCUGCGAGAGCGAUUAGUUACCUACAUUCGCGCGAUUCGACAACUUCUCAUGGAAACAUCAAGUCUUCGAACAUUCUCUUGUCUAAUUCAUACGAAGCUAAGGUCUCUGAUUACGGUCUAGCGCCUAUCAUUAGCUCCACGUCUGCACCUAACCGUAUAGAUGGCUACCGUGCACCUGAAGUCACUGAUGCUCGCAAAAUCUCUCAGAAGGCUGAUGUUUACAGCUUUGGUGUCCUAAUACUUGAGCUACUCACAGGGAAGUCUCCAACACAUCAGCAACUGAACGAAGAAGGGGUAGAUUUGCCAAGAUGGGUCCAAUCUGUUACUGAUCAGCAGUCACCGUCUGAUGUGUUUGAUCCAGAGCUCACAAGGUACGAAUCCGAGGGCAAUGAGAACAUUAUCCGGCUCUUGAAGAUCGGUAUGAGCUGUACGGCUCAGUAUCCUGAUAGUCGUCCUUCGAUGGCCGAUGUUACCAGACUCAUCGAGGAGGUUUCGCAUUCAUCAGGCUCUCCAAACCCGGUAUCUGAUUGAUUAUAGUGGGGGGGGUCUAAAUUGAUCGAGUUCAAAUUGUUUGGGGCUAAAUUGCAAUUUAUUGAAUAGUUUAUACACAUUCCCCCGCCUUUUUAUUUCCUUCGUUGUGCGUGUCCUAGUGUGUUCGUUAAUUAUUGAGCCUCAAAUUGAGACGAGACUUUGCAGAUUUUUGUUUUCUUUAUAUUUUUCUUUAGUUCAUAA